AAACAAAUAUUGGAGUGGUGCUCACUGCAAACUGUUUUUUAUAUUCGCAUUGUUUUUUUUAUUAUUAUUAUUUUUUAAAAUUUAUAUCAUUCCCUUUUUUAUAAUUUGCAUUUGUAUUUUGGUCUUUUUGAUCCGGCGGCUCCAUCGGAUACUUCCCGCAAAAUAUUCGCUCAUUUUCCCGGAGAGCUUCUAUGUUUUUUUCUCGGUCAUUCACUUUCUUUGCAGUGAAACUGGAGAAUCGAUGUGGCUAUGAAAUCUGACUAGAUCAAAGGUUGCAAACUGUUGUCUUGCAACUACAUUUUCAUCACAUGGACAUAGAGGGUUUUACUUUCUAGCUUUUGUUGGGUUUUACAAGAUGGCAUUAGAUGUCAUUACCAGUGCCUCAUCUGUUCCAGCAUCAGAAUUCCUUACCGAUGUCGUAGAGGGCAUGAUUGAGAUCGCAUAUGCUGCCAACAAUGUACUAAUUAAGAAGGAGAGUUUUAAGGAACUUGCCAUCUACAUGGAUAGGAUUGUACCUAUCUUAAAAGAGUUUAACAAGAAAGACAUAGGUCAUUCAGAGAGCUUAAACAAUGCAAUUGAGAUUCUCAAUCGAGAAAUUACAACUGCAAAGCAAUUAACUAUGGAGUGUACUAAAAGAAAUAAAGUAUAUCUACUGAUGAAUUGCCGUGCUAUAGUUAAGCGUUUAGAAAACACCACCAGGGAAAUUAGCCGGGCUCUGGAUCUUCUACCUUUGGCUUCUUUGGAUCUUUCAUCUGGUAUAAUUGAUGAGAUUGUAAAACUCCGAGAUAGUAUGCAAAGCGCUGAGUUCAAGGCAGCCAUAGCAGAAGAAGAGAUAUUGGAGAAAAUUGAGUCAGGAAUACAGGAGAGAAAUGUUGAUCGUUCUUAUGCCAAUAAUUUACUGGUUCACAUAGCUGAGGCAGUUGGUAUCUCAACUGAGAGGGCUGCAUUAAAGAAAGAAUUCGAAGACUUCAAGCAGGAGAUUGAAAGUGUCCAGCUGAGGAAGGACCAAGCUGAAGCUAUUCAGAUGGCUCAGAUAAUUGCUUUACUAGAAAGGGCAGAUGCAGCUUCUUCUCCCAAGGAAAAGGAGAUGAAGUAUUUCACAAAGCGGAAGUCAUUGGGUAAUCAACCAUUGGAGCCUCUCCUGUCAUUUUACUGUCCGAUCACUCAGGAAGUUAUGGUUGAUCCUGUGGAGACAUCUUCAGGACAAACAUUUGAACGAAGUGCAAUAGAAAAAUGGCUUGUAGAUGGAAACAAAUUGUGUCCCCUGACCAUGACGCCUCUGAACUCAUCAAUUCUAAGGCCUAAUAAAACUUUGAGACAAUCAAUAGAAGAAUGGAAGGAUAGGAACACAAUGAUUACAAUUGCUUCCAUGAAAUCAAAACUCAUGUCUGAAGAAGAGGGGGAAGUACUUCAUUGUCUGGAACAGUUAGAGGAUCUCUGUGCACAAAGAGACCAGCAUCGGGAAUGGGUAAUAUUGGAGAAUUAUAUACCAGUUCUAAUUAAACUUCUUGGUGAAAAAAAUCGUGAUAUAAGGCAUCAUGCUUUGGUCAUCCUCAAUAUUCUGGCAAAAGAUAGUGAUGAUGCCAAGGAAAGAAUUGCAAAUGUUGACAAUGCAAUUGAAUUUAUAGUUCGAUCUCUUGGGCGUCGAAUUGGGGAAAGGAAGUUAGCUGUGGCAUUAUUGUUAGAAUUAUCUAAAUUUACUCUGGUGAGGGACUGUAUUGGAAAGGUCCAAGGGUGCAUUCUCCUCUUGGUGACUAUGUCUAGCAGUGAUGACAACCAAGCUGCCGCAGAUGCCCAAGAGCUGUUGGAAAAUCUUGCUUUCUCUGAACAGAACAUCAUACAAAUGGCAAAGGCAAAUUAUUUCAAACAUUUGCUGCAGCAUCUAUCUACAGGACCAGAAGAUGUUAAAAUGAUCAUGGUGUCAACUUUGGCAGAGAUGGAGUUAACUGACCACAAUAAAGCAUCUUUAUUUGAAGGAGGCGUGUUGAGUCCACUCCUUCACUUAGUCUCAGGUGGUGACAUGGAGAUGAGAAAGUUGGCCAUAAAGGCUCUUCGGAACUUCUCAAGUUUACCAGCAAAUGGCCUGCAGAUGAUUAGAGAAGGUGCAGUGCGCCCAUUACUUGACCUUCUUUUCCGGCAUAUCUCCUCUUCUUCAGGUUUGCGUGAACAGCUGGCAGCCACAAUUAUGCAUCUGGCUGAAUCAACAGUGUCCCAAGUUUCCAGCCCAACACCAAUUUCAUUGUUGGAAUCUGAUGAAGAUGCUUUGAUGCUUUUCUCUUUGAUUAACUUGACAGGACCUGAUGUGAAACAAAAUAUUCUCCGAAUCUUCUAUGCGUUGUGUCAGUCCCCAUCAGCGCCAAAAAUCAAGUCCAAAUUGACAGAGUGCUCAGCUGUGCAAGUGUUGGUUCAGUUAUGUGAGCAGGAGAAUCAAAAUGUACGGGCAAAUGCUGUAAAGCUGUUCUGUUGCUUGGUAGAAGGUGGUGAUGAGGCCACCAUCCUAGAGCAUGUCGGACAGAAUUGCCUUGAAACCUUGCUCAGAAUCAUCCAGUCUCCAACUGACCUGGAAGAGAUUGUUUCUGCGAUGGGCAUCAUCUCUAAACUUCCUGAAAAUAGCCAGAUUACUCACUGGCUUCUGAAUGCGGGGGCACUACCAGUAAUUAUCAGAAUUCUCCCAAAUAGCAUUCAGAAUGAUCCUCAUCAAAAUCGGUUAGUUGAAAAUGCUGUUGAAGCUAUAUGUCGUUUUACUGUUCCAACUAACUUGGAAUGGCAAAAGAAAGCAGCAGAAGCCGGCAUUAUUCCUAUGUUAGUGCAGCUACUAGACUUUGGAACUACCUUGACAAAGAAAUAUUGUGCUAUUUCUCUUGCUCAUUUUUCAGAGAGUUCAUUGAGUUUGAGUCGGCCAAUACCAAAACAUAAGGGGUUUUGGUGCUUCUCCGUUCCCCCAGAAAUUGGCUGCCGGAUUCAUGGGGGAGUUUGUGCUGUUGAGUCAUCAUUUUGCCUUGUGGAAGCUGAUGCAAUAAGACCCCUUGUGAGGGUACUUGAAGAUCCAGAUCCUGGAGCCUGUGAGGCUUCUUUAGAUGCACUUUUGACCCUAAUCGAAGCUGAAAGACUUCAAAGUGGUAGCAAGGUGCUUGCAGAAGCAAAUGCUAUUCCAUCAAUUGUAAAAUUUCUUAGUUCUUCAACUCCCACAUUGCAGGAGAAGGCUCUAAAAGCUUUAGAAAGGAUAUUCAGACUGCCAGAGUACAAACAAAAGUAUGGACCCUCUGCUCAGUUUCCCUUAGUUGAUUUAACGCAGAGGGGGAACAGCAGCAUGAAGUCUCUCGCGGCCAGAAUACUGGCUCACUUGAAUGUCCUUCAUGAUCAGUCUUCUUACUUCUAAAGAAAUGUAAUUGCUUUGGUGCAUUUAAUUGGUCACAGGGGACAGAAGAUGAUUGGUUAGCUGAAAGAUGGUUAUCCAUUUAAGAACACCCCUAAAUGGUUUUAAUCUUGUGCUGAGGACUUGAUGACAAGGCUCAAAAUCAGUCCUUGAUGGUUUAGCUGUGAGAUAAUGGUGAAACAGGUGCAAUGUGACUCAAUGACCUGACAUGACAGUUAACAUUUGCAACACAGGAUAGAACUGCAAUAGAAAGCACGCUGCCCAUUCUGCUGGAAAAGCUAAAGUGAUGAGUUACUGGAGUGAAAACAUUUUCUAUUCUUCUGUUGUUGUAAAGAGAUUGUUGCCAGAGAGGUGUCAUUGUAGAGUGGCUCAUUGCCGCAGAAAUUUUUCUGUACAGUUGAAUUCAAAUCAGCUAUUCGUUUGUCAUUAGGAGAACGGGACAAAAAUCAGCCCAACUCACCAAUAUUAUACUAGUUGGUCA